AGUUCCAAAAGUUUACAAAAAUUCAGCUUUUCAAAGUAUUUUGGAUCCCGUUGAUGGCAUUAAUGGGCAGCAUUACAUGACGGUGUUCUUGAACGUAAGGAUUCGAACCCGGCAAGGCCGGUGGUAAGUCGGAUCGUUUUAUGCAUUUCCUAUCAGUAACCGGUAUGAUGGUAUACAUCCUCAGCGUUUGAUGGAUGACCGCAUCGAAAAAUUUCAAACCGUUCUAUUGUUCGAAAGUCACCCGCGAAAUGGACACGCUGAGGACAUGGUCGAUCUCGUACGAUUUCUCUCAGAAACUCUGUGUUGGAGUUCUGAUUGCAGCCCCCGCUCAUAUGAAAACGCAUAAUGAUUAACAGCAGUGAGAUACAUGAUGCAGCUGUUUUGAAAUGUAGAGGGAGGGGGGAUAAAAACAACUGAUUCCAAUUCCAAGCGGCGUAUAGUACUAAAUAUAUAAAGACAGUUAUCAGACAGACGUUCAGUUCUCGAUCAACUACACACGGAGAGCGUUAUUACGAAACUAAUUGCGGACAUCUUGCCGUCGAGAUGUAUCUAUCCGUCGGCCUCGCGCUGGUGGCAAUAGCCAUCGCCAUUUAUUACUAUAUCAGCAACAAACCGGAUUUCUUUGAGAAGCAUGGUAUUCCGCACAUUCCAGCAGCGCCUUUCAUUGGCAAUAUGGGCCCUGUGGUGGCUCAAAAAUGCACGAUGCACGAGCUGCUGCAGAAGCACUACGACAACGAACCGGAUGCGAAGUACGUCGGCUUUUACGAAUUCACCACUCCAGUAAUCAUGUUGCGCGACAUGGAUCUCAUCAAAGCGGUGACCAUCAAGAAUUUCGAGCAUUUUCAAGAUCAUCGGCCGUUCGUGACCAAAGAAACGGAUCCCCUGAUGGCUAACAUGUUAUUCAAUAUAAAGGGCGACGACUGGAAACACCAGAGGAACCUGCUGACCGCCUCGUUCACUUCUAGCAAGCUGAGGGACAUGUUCCAUUUGAUGUCUUCAUACGGGGCAAGAUUCACGGAUACGCUGGCCCAACUGCCGGAAAAGGAUCGCGAAAUGGAGAUGAAGGAUCUUUUGACCAUGUACACGAACGACGUGAUCGCCAGCUGCGUGUAUGGGUACACUAUAGACACCGUGAAGGAACCGAAGAACAUAUUUUACGUCUACGGUAGAAUUGGAACUAAUUUUGCUACCCUUAAGAGGUCAUUGAUAUUCUUGUUGCAAAGAAAUGUACCUAAGUUCGCGGCAUUCUUCAACAUAAAAUUGUUAGAGGCGCACGUCGCCAAGUUCUUCACUAAUGUUGUGAUCGACGAGGUGAAAAACAGAAAGGAGCACGGAAAUUCCCGGCCCGACUUCCUCCAGCAGAUGAUGGAGAUACAGCAAAAGAAGGACAACAAUUUUAGUAUAGAAAAUAUGGCAGCGCACGCUUUUGUCUUCUUCUUCGGCGGUCUGGACACCGUAUCCACUCAAAUGUGUUGGGUGACACAGAUGCUGAUCGAACAUCCCGAAGUUCAGGUGAAAGUGCAACAAGAGAUCGACGAGGCAUUAGAAAAGACCAAUGGCGAGUUUACUUAUGAAGUCGUACGCGACAUGAAGUAUUUGGAAGCAGUGAUCACCGAGACGAUGAGAUUCUACCCGAUCCUGGCCAAUCUGGACCGAGUAUGCGUGGAAAAGUUUGAGCUUCCACCAGCAGUACCUGGCGGCAAGCCUUUCACUCUUGAACCAGGAAUGACUGUUUGGAUUCCGGUGAUGCCAAUUCAUAUGAAUCCGGAUUAUUAUGAAAACCCGGAGAAUUUCGAGCCGGAAAGAUUUAUGGAAGAUGGAAAGAAGCUCGUGAAUUCGUGUAUGUUUCUGUCGUUUGGAACCGGACCUAGAAUGUGCAUCGGUUCGCGUUUCGCGAUGAUAAAGAUGAAAGUACUGCUCUGUUAUCUCCUCGCUAAAUGCGACAUAAAAGCUGGAUCGAAGACGCAGGUGCCGUUGCAAAUGAAGAAGGGAUUCUUCAACACAAUAUCAGAAAAUGGGUACUGGAUGAGGCUUGAACCGAGAAAAAAUCCUCAUCCUUCUCUCAAAAUGAAAGGAACAGUUAACGGAACGUCGACUGGAGUUUGCGCGAAAUAAUAACUCUUCUUUUUUGGUAACUGGUAAUUUGUAAUUGGUAAUUGGUUUUUGGUAAUCCUGGUAAUUGUACAAUAUAAUUCAUUAAUAUCUAUGAACUUGAUAUGUAGAUGCGUAUGAAUGAAAUGCUUGUUACAACUGUUUUAAAUAUAAUACGCCUUUUUAAAAUAAAAAUAUCGUCCAUGAGGAUUCUACAUCAUUCAUUGCAACAUCUUCAUUUGUUGCGCGAAGCACUUUAGCGAACAUGAUUGAAUCGUUGAUUAAAUAAGACUCUCAUAGUCCCGAUGAAACAAGAGUUUCUAUCAAUAAAACCUACACGUUCGUAUUAAGAUUACAAUAUUUUUAUUAUUUGCUCUUGACUGUUGUUUGAUCGUAGACAUUCACAGUACAUACAAUUUUUCAAAACAAUAGAUUGCAUACUUUUUUAUUAUUAGAAAUACCUUAUUGUUGCUAAUUAGUGAUAAAUUCAAUUUGCGUGUAGCCAAUAUUUGCUUUGCAAUUUAAUAGCGGAAUACGAAUGACGAAGUACUACAUACGCGCGAGAGAACACUAUCUUUCCUUUCCUAUCGCAAGUUCAUCUCUUCACAUAUCUUCAGGUUCAAUUGACAAAUAAACGCCUAUCAAACUUUUAUGACGCACUCAAGUCUAUACUAUAAAUAAUAUGUGUAUGAACUAUAAUACUUGUUGUUAUUACUGUUGCGGCUACUAUUUGUUUUAGGUGUUUCGUAGCACGUAAAAACAAAAUUUCAUUUUUUAUUUUUCAUCCUAACUGCUAUACCAGUAUACUGCGUAUUAGACAUUAAUCGUGAUAAAUAUCAGACGAUCGAAAGUCGGGAAUCAAAUAUUGUUUUACGCAUUCUGAGCAGCAAGCAACGUUUCGUUCAAUGUAGCGUUAAAUAACGUAACCGUCGCUAAGAAAUAUAUCUAUAGCCUCUUACAAUCUUUAUACUACAUAACUUCUUACAGCACGUCUACUAUAUGUAUGUACGCGUGUACCAUCAAAUUCCAUCAACCUUAGUUCAGCAGCUAUCAAGCUAAUUUAAAAGAUGCAUAUUUAACAAUUCUUUUGUCGCAUUAAACUUUUACUUUCUAUCAAAACAGAUUAAGAAAUAUCCAACACUGACUGAAAGGUUAAAAGGUGAGGAAAUAAUGAUCAUGGAACCCUUUUAUAAUUUACGAAAUUAAUUUUUGGAUCGAUGUGCGAUAAUUUGCCGAUUGUAAAACGAAUGUGAUGUUGACAGUAUGAACGUCGUACUGUCAACACAUGAGCAGGGGCAAAGCCUUCUGACACAACUAGCUUGCCCACUGAAGUAAAUGAAUACGCGUUAAUUCCUAUUUCUAAACUCAUUCCAAACCAACUACAAUUACCAUUACAAGCACGAUAGAUUAUAUUAUAUUAUAUAUUAUAUCUAAUUAUAUUAUAUUAUACCUAAGUAGAAUA